UCCCGUUCUAGUCAAUUGUCAACGUCAAUCAGUCAAAAUUGUCAAAAGUUAAAAGUGAAAAGAAAGUGGUUUUUGUUCGGGUUUGUUAUGCAAAGAGAAGGUUAUGCUUUCUUAAUUACUGCUUCCAUAUUUGCAAAAAAUACGUCGCUGCUGGUUAUAUAAUUUACUGCAUUAAAAAAUUAUUAUCGGUAAAUUAAUUAGUGUACAAAAUUCAUUAGAAAAAUGAGUACCCAACCUAGUCCUGCAAAUCAGACAGUGGAAAGAGAAAAAGUUUAUAUGUGGAUUUUGGAACUUACUAAUCCCGAAACUAGAGAAAAUGCUUUAUUAGAACUAAGUAAGAAACGUGAAGUUGUACCAGAUUUGGCCCCAAUGUUAUGGAAUAGUUUCGGAACAACUGCAGCUCUAUUACAGGAAAUUAUAAAUAUAUAUCCUGCUAUAAAUCCACCCACUUUAACAGCACAUCAAUCAAACCGGGUUUGCAAUGCUCUGGCUCUUCUUCAAUGUGUGGCAUCACAUUCAGAGACUAGGUCACAAUUUUUAUUGGCACAUGUACCAUUAUUUCUAUAUCCAUUUCUACAUACUUCAUCAAAAACUAGGUCAUUUGAGUAUUUGAGAUUAACUAGCCUGGGGGUUAUUGGUGCUCUGGUUAAGACUGAUGAACAGGAAGUUAUAACAUUCCUUCUCACUACUGAAAUUAUUCCAUUGUGCCUCAGAAUAAUGGAAUCAGGUUCGGAAUUGAGUAAAACAGUUGCGACGUUUAUUUUACAGAAAAUAUUAUUAGAUGACAGUGGAUUAUCUUAUAUUUGUCAAACUUAUGAUAGGUUCAGCCAUGUAGCUAUGAUUUUGGGAAAAAUGGUGAUAUCCUUGGCGAAAGAGCCCUCAGCUAGGCUUUUGAAACAUGUCGUAAGAUGUUAUCUCCGUUUAUCAGAUAAUCCCAGAGCUAGAGAAGCUCUUAGGCAAUGUCUGCCAGAUCAACUUAGAGACAAUACAUUCAAUGUAUGUCUUCAGGAGGAUAAAUCAACCACUCACUGGUUAUCGCAGUUACUAAAAAAUCUAGAAUCUACUGCUGCCACCGAUCCUCGGCAAGUUGGAAUGUCACCUCUGACGUCUCAAUAAAAUUAAGAGGCAAGAGACUUACGAAUGUUUUGCGAAUUUUUAGAUAUUAUAAAAAUUUAACUUAAUAGAUUUUAUAAGGUGAUUGAUAGAUGAGUUUAAAGAAAAAUGAUUUACAUUUUUAUGAAGAUCUCUAGACAAAUUUUUCUCAAUACAAGAGGACUUACAGAAAAUAAUUUUGUUCCUCCUGUAUAAACAUAUGAAAAGAAUAUUGAAAUUCAUCAAAUAUAGAAAAAUGUAUAUGAUUCAAUUAUUGAGAAAUGUUUAAUUAGAGAUCACCCGGUUGAUAAAAUUAAGAAUGAACUGAUUUAAAUUUAAUUAUUCGAAUAAUAUGUUUUCCAAAAUUAAAUAAUAAUGUCACAAAUCUGA